AUGUCUCACGCGAGAAGAACCGGCGACGCGACAAGGGCGGUGCGUGAAAAAGAGCAGCAGACGCGCAAGGCGAGGCUUGGAGAAAAAGCCAGACGUGUCAACCUGGACCAAGCAAAUGCGUGUCGCGUGUGGCAGUAUGCGCAGUAUGCGCAGCACAACGCUGCAGACGUCGAGCGUCGCGUGCGUGAGGCGGAAGAACGAGUUUAUGCGAUAGCGACGCAGGAAGCCUCAUCACGCUUCACUGCGUCCCGCGAAGUGGUUGAAAGCGUAGCAGUGGCACGCGAUGAGAUGAACCGAGCAGCCUCUCAAGCGACUCUGCAGCAGCCAGGCGUAUUUGCGCCGACUGGAGGAGCGCUCGUCAGCGGAUCGACUUGUGUGCCAUCGGCGAAGGAUGCGAAGCUCGACAUUUGCGUGUUCACUGGCAACGAGCUCCACAAGGUAUUGAGUGGAGGGUUCAAGCACUGGGGCCGCGCGUGCAGGGAAGAGCUCGAAAUGGCUGAAGAGGAGUGUGGCUACGCGUGGCCGGAGAAGUAUAAAAUCAGCAAGCUUGGCGCGUGUCUCCAAGUAGAAGCUGGUGGGUUCUUCCAUAAACUCAGGGACGAGUGGUGGGACACGGACAGAACGCUUUCUUACGCAAAGGAGGAGAUAAAAUAG